UCAUACAGGGAUCGUAAUCGGCUCUCGAACUCCAGUUUUGGGCUGAUUUAAGGAUCAGAACUAAGUACUUGCUCCCAGUCCAGUUCACUGUUCGAACUUUGACUGCUAACACGACAAGUCGUAGCAAGUGAGGAAAAAGUCGCAGAAUCUAAAACCCUAGUUAAACUUAGUGCCAUGGCGAUAUAGAACCCAAUCUAUCUACCUUCUCUCCUUCUUUACACCGCACUUACAAAACCCUUGUCCUAUUUUCACAAGACGAAGAAACAAGGCAAGCAUGGAAAGCUCUGUAGACGAAACAGCGAAAGAAGUCUCUAAUUUAUCAAUGGACAGUGAGUCUUCAGCUUCCGGAGGAGAAAAUAUCAGCAAGAAUGCGCGCAAGAAGGAAUUGAAGAACAAGCAGAGGGAAGAAGAGAGACGCCGCAAGGAGGAGGAGAAGGCCAGACAGGCUGCAGAGAGGGCUAGCACCCGGGUUCAGAAACCUGCAGCGGCUGAUGAUGAGGAUAUGGACCCAACGCAAUACUAUGAAAAUAGGCUGAAAUAUCUUGCUUCCCAGAAGGCUGAAGGAAGAAAUCCAUAUCCUCACAAAUUCCCUGUUUCGAUGUCAAUUGUAGAAUAUAUAGAAAAGUAUGGAAGCUUGAGCAAUGGAGAGCAUAUUGAGGAUGUCACUGAAUCUUUGGCCGGUCGAGUCAUGAAGAAACGAUCUUCCUCUUCGAAGCUAUUCUUUUAUGAUUUGCAUGGUGGUGAUGUUAAGAUCCAAGUGAUGGCUGAUGCGAGCAAGUCAGGCAUGGAUGAAGCUCAAUUUUCAAGGUUCCACUCCAGUGUGAAGCGUGGUGAUGUUGUUGGUGUCAUUGGGUUUCCAGGAAAAACUAAAAGGGGAGAGCUGAGUAUUUUUCCAAGAUAUUUUACUGUUUUAUCUCAUUGUCUCCAUAUGAUGCCAAGGGAGAAACCUGGUCAGAAUGCCAACAUAAAGAGAACUGACAUCUGGGGCCCAGGAGAAACCAGGAAUCCUGAAGCUUAUGCUUUAAAAGAUCAGGAAACUCGCUAUCGUCAACGUUAUCUAGAUCUGAUGUUGAAUGCGGAGGUUCGACAGAUAUUCAAGGCCCGAUCUAAAGUCAUAUCAUAUCUUAGAAGCUUUCUUGACAACCUUGAUUUCCUAGAGGUUGAAACACCCAUGAUGAAUAUGAUUGCUGGUGGAGCCGCUGCUCGCCCAUUUGUUACUCAUCACAAUGAACUGAACAUGAAGCUCUACAUGCGUAUUGCACCUGAACUUUAUCUUAAAGAGUUAGUUGUUGGUGGUCUGGAUCGUGUUUAUGAGAUAGGAAAACAAUUUAGAAAUGAGGGUAUUGAUUUGACUCAUAAUCCUGAGUUCACAACCUGUGAGUUCUAUAUGGCUUUUGCGGACUACAAUGACUUGAUGGAACUAACUGAGAGAUUGUUGAUUGGAAUGGUCAAGGAACUUACAGGUGGCUACAAAAUUAAAUACCAUGCAAAUGGUUCUGACAAGGAUCCAAUUGAGAUUGACUUUACACCACCUUUUAGACGGAUUGACAUGAUAGACGAGUUAGAACAGAUAGCCAACCUCAACAUACCAAAGGAUCUUUCCAGUGAUGAAGCUAACAAAUAUCUAGUUGCUGCGUGUGAGAGGUUUGAGGUCAAGUGCCCCCCUCCUCAGACAACAGCUCGUCUUUUGGAUAAACUGGUGGGGCACUUUCUAGAAGAAACUUGUGUGAAUCCUACUUUCAUCGUAAACCAUCCUGAAAUUAUGAGUCCUUUGGCAAAGUGGCAUAGAUCAAAACCAGGCUUGACUGAACGUUUUGAAUUGUUUGUGAACAAGCAUGAGCUAUGCAAUGCAUACACUGAAUUGAAUGAUCCUGUGGUACAACGUCAGCGAUUUACUGAACAACUCAAGGACCGACAAUCGGGCGAUGAUGAAGCGAUGGCUUAUGACGAAACAUUUUGUACUGCUCUUGAGUAUGGGUUACCUCCAACUGGGGGCUGGGGAAUGGGUAUUGAUCGACUAGCUAUGUUGUUAACUGAUUCCCAGAAUAUCAAGGAGGUGCUGCUCUUCCCAUCCAUGAAGCCUCAAGAUGAACCUCCUGCUAAAGCAACUUGAUGAGUUUGAGAUGGAGCAGAGUUUCAUUUAAUGUUCUUUUUUGUCUGGGACGACCGACUUGCUGUCAACUGCUGAUAAAUUUUACCAUAUUUUCCCUUCAUUGUGUCCCACCUCAUUUUUAUUGGGGACGAUCAUUUGACCCCUUCAGUGAAGUGUUUGAAAUUUUAUGACGUGCUCAUUGAAUAUAAUUUAUAGCAGAUACAUGUUCUAUUC